UUAAUUCAUGCUUGUUUUCAUAGAACGCAAGCAUCGCAAUGCCAGGACGUUAUCUUCUCACUUUGAUAUUGGCCAGUGCUCUGAUUUCUGUAACUGGAGAUUACAGUAUCAGACUGGUCAAUGGUAAUAAUGACUGCUCUGGAAGAGUUGAGAUGCUUUAUAAUGGCCAAUGGGGGACAGUGUGUGAUGACAACUGGGACAUGAAUGAUGCCGCUGUGGUGUGCAGACAGUUGGGAUGUGGAACAGCUGUUAGUGCACAAACCAGUGCUCAUUUUGGUCAGGGAAGUGGUCCGAUCUUGUUGGAUGAUGUGAGAUGUUCAGGAAGUGAAUCAUCACUCACACAGUGCUCACAUCCUUCUAUUGGAAUUCAUAACUGUGGUCAUUCUGAAGAUGCAGGAGUUGCCUGCUUCGGUAAAGACAUAAGAUUGGUCAGUGGGACUGACUCAUGCUGUGGAAGAGUGGAGAUCCGUUAUAAUGGCCAGUGGGGAACCGUGUGUGAUGAUGAAUGGGACAUGAAUGAUGCUGCUGUGGUGUGCAGACAGUUACAGUGUGGAUCAGCCAUCAGUGCACCUCAUAGUGCUGCCUUUGGUCAAGGCAGUGGAUCAAUCUGGCUGGAUGAUGUUAAAUGCUCAGGAAGUGAAGGAACCCUCACACAAUGUUCACACAAAGGACUAGGAAGUCAUAACUGUAAUCAUGGGGAAGAUGCUGCUGUUGUUUGUUCAGCAGGCAACCUGCAGAUGCCGACCCUUUCUUUGACCUCCAGACAUUCAGCUGUUUCUCCUGGAGAAAAUAUCCAGUUCAGAUGCACAACCCCUAAACCAAGAUGCAAUGCUAAUGCUAAAUUCCAGCUCUUCAGAAACGGACCAUCUAUAUCCUCCCAGGAACAUGAAUCUAGUGUCACUUUCAACCUUAAUGUAGACGUCUCACAUCAGGCCAGCUACAGCUGUCAAUACUCCUACAAGAGCAACACUAUCAAGUCACCUUUGAGCAGAACUGUUACCAUCACUGUGGUGAACUUGCAGCAGCCCAGCAUUUCUCAUAGUGCUCCUGAUGCAUGGUUCGACAAGGAGCUUCAGGGACCAGUGAUCACCAGGGGCCACAAUUUCACUAUCAUCUGUUCCACUGCAUCCCAGUUUCCUGGAGGCUCUUUUCACUUGUUCAGAGGGUCAAGCAUCACCAGGACUGAGGCAGCUGUCAAUCACUCUGCCUCCUUCUUCUUUCCUAAAGCAGAAUAUUCAAAUGAGGGAAACUACAGUUGUGUUUAUGAAGUCAGUGUCUCCUCACGUACCUUCAGUUCACCUGCCUCUGAACUGCUGCUCAUCACUAUCACAGAUCCGAGAUUGGUCAGUGGGACUGACUCAUGCUGUGGAAGAGUGGAGAUUCGUUAUAAUGGCCAGUGGGUAACUGUGUGUGAUAAUAACUGGGACAUGAAUGAUGCUGCUGUGGUGUGCAGACAGUUACAGUGUGGAUCAGCCAUCAGUGCACCUCAUAGUGCUGCCUUUGGUCAAGGCAGUGGAUCAAUCUGGCUGGAUGAUGUUAAAUGCUCAGGAAGUGAAGGAACCCUCACACAAUGUUCACACAAAGGACUAGGAAGUCAUAACUGUGGUCAUGGGGAAGAUGCUGCUGUUGUUUGUUCAGGCGACCUGCAGAUGCCGACCCUUUCUUUGACCUCCAGACAUUCAGUUGUUUCUCCUGGAGAAAAUAUCCAGUUCAGAUGCACAACCCCUAAACCAAGAUGCAAUGCUAAUGCUGAAUUCCAGCUCUUCAGAAACGGACCAUCUAUAUCCUCCCAGGAACAUGAAUCUAGUGUGACUUUCAACCUUAAUGUAGAUGUCUCACAUCAGGCCAGCUACAGCUGUCAAUACUCCUACAAGAGCAACACUAUCACGUCACCUUUGAGCAGAACUGUUACCAUCACUGUGGUGAACUUGCAGCAGCCCAGCAUUUCUCACAGUGCUCCUGAUGCAUGGUUCGACAAGGAUCUUCAGGGACCAGUGAUCACCAGGGGCCACAAUUUCACUAUCAUCUGUUCCACUGCAUCCCAGUAUCCUGGAGGCUCUUUUCACUUGUUCAGAGGGUCAAGCAUCACCAGGACUGAGGCAGCUGUCAGUCACUCUGCCUCCUUCUUCUUUCCUAAAGCAGAAUAUUCAAAUGAGGGAAACUACAGUUGUGUUUAUGAAGUCAGUGUCUCCUCACGCACCUUCAAUUCAUCUGCCUCUGAACUGCUGCUCAUCACUAUCACAGCCUCCCUGCUUCCUGUCAUUGGUGCUGCAGUGUCAGGUGUACUGCUCUUGUUGUCUCUCCUCAUAAUCAUCCUCCUGCUGAAGAGAAGACAAAAGCAUAAGAAAAAAGAAACUCAUUUGAAGUGCUCUUUUACGAAAGCUGCAGCUAAUACAUAUGCCGGUACAUCCCAUGGUAACAAAAAUGAAGAGGAUGAUGAGGCUGUUUAUGGAAAUGUACAACCUGAUGAAAACAUGAAUCAUGAUGAUUCUGAACAAGACUAUAUUAAUGUGGACUCUGGUCAUUCUGAGCAGGACGAUGUGAAUGUAGACAGUGAUGACUCUGAAGACGACUAUGUCAAUGUGAAUGUUUCAGUAAAUAACAGUGUGAUAGACAAAUCUAAUGAUAACAUUUAUGAAAGCUGUUGUGAUUAAUACUGAGUGAACCCAAUUAUUUUGAGCCAUGGUGCUCUGAAAUUAUUAUUAUUUUUUUUUUUAUAAUAAUUUUACAUUAACAAUGUGAUCAAUAUUCUAUGUAUUAAAGACAAUCA